AUGGACUUUUCUGCGACAGUGAUCCUGGCGGGGCUGAUCUUAGCUCUGAUGUGGUUGUUUAGCAUCAAAAACAGCAGGAAGUAUCGGUUGCCCCCAGGACCCUUUGCACUUCCUCUCAUAGGAAAUCUGCCGCAACUGGACAAAAAUGCUCCUUUUAAAAGCAUUCUCAAGUUAAGUGAAACGCAUGGUCCUGUGCUGACGGUCCACCUGGGUUGGCAGCGGUUGGUUUUUCUGGUGGGAUACGACGCAGUGAAGGAGGCUCUGGUGGACCAGGCAGACGACUUCACAGGCAGAGGGCCACUGCCAUUUCUGAUCAAAGUUUCCAAGGGCUACGGUUUGGGGAUCAGCAACGGAAAGCGCUGGCGCCAACUGCGACGUUUCACAAUGUCGACGCUGAGAGAUUUUGGGAUGGGACGCAAGAGGAUGGAGGAGUGGAUCCAGGAGGAGAGCACACACCUGAGGGCCCACAUAGAGUCAUUCAAAGCCACGCCUUUUGACCCCACCUUCUUGCUGAGCCGCACUGUGUCCAACGUGAUCUGCUGCCUGGUGUUUGGCGAACGCUUCAGUUACGAAGACAAGAAGUUCCUGCACCUCCUCAACAUCAUAUCUGAUAUGUUAAAGUUCCUAAACAGCCCUGUCGGUCAAUUGUACAACAUCUUUCCCUGGCUCAUGGAGCAUCUGCCCGGCCCCCAGCACACUUGUUUUGCCCAAGUUCAGAAGUUGAGAGACUUCGUCGACAUGAAGAUCCAAGAGCACAAAGAGACACUGGACCCCGGCUCCCCGAGGGACUUUAUUGACUGCUUUCUCAUCCGAAUCAAUCAGGAGAAGGACAAUCCCACGACUGAGUUCAACAAUGACAACUUGGUCUCCACAGUGUUGAACCUCUUUAUGGCAGGAACGGAAACCACCAGCUCCACCAUCAGAUAUGCCCUCAGUGUGCUGAUCAAAUACCCAAACAUACAGGAGAAAAUGCAGAAUGAGAUUGAGAGUGCGAUUGGACAAGGCUGUAGUCCCAGCAUGGAGAACAGGAAGUCCCUCCUCUUUACAGAUGCAGUUAUUCAUGAGGUGCAACGCUUUCUGGACAUUGUCCCUUUCAGCCUCCCUCGCUACGCACUCCAGGACAUCUCUUUUAGGGGUUACACAAUUCCCAAGGACACUAUGAUUAUUCCCUUGUUGCACUCUGUGCUGAAAGAGGAAAAGCAAUGGGCGACUCCCUGGUCCUUCAACCCCCAGCACUUCCUGGACCAGAAUGAAAAAUUCAAGAAAAAUCCUGCUUUCCUGCCUUUUUCUGCAGGGAAGAGAGCCUGUGUUGGCGAGUCUCUGGCUCGUAUGGAGCUUUUCAUCUUACUGGUGUCACUGCUGCAGAAUUUCACCUUUUCCUGCGCCGGAGGCCCAGACAGUAUAAACCUUGUUUCAGAGUACAGCAGCUUCGCCAAUCUGCCUCGCACGUACCACAUCAUCGCCACGCCACGACUGAGGAACAAACACGUGGUGGGCCUCUCAUGCUCACCUUCAGCAUCGUUUUGAACGGAGCGCUUUUGUCCAGCUGCAGCAGGUUUCCUACGAUCGGCAGACCGGACGGU